AUGGAUAAAAUCAGUAUCCUGCCGUUAGAGCUUAGUCUCAUAAUCCUCUCUCACCUUCCUCUCAAGUCCUUACUCGUCUUCGGCGCAACAUCGCGCAAGAACUAUGAACGCCAUAUCCUGUGUGUCCGACGUCUUCGACUCGCCGUAUUCCAGAAGCGAAUCCAUUCCGUGGUAUCCUUUCUGCAAGCUGGUUGGGCAAAUCCAGAUCAGAUUAGUGAAUCAGGAGACGUAAAGAGCAGCGACACCGAACCCUCCAUGCACAUUGUCAACAUUAUCCAACCGCGUCUUCCUUUUACUUCGACAGGCUCAUCAUCGCUCGACGAAAAAUAUGACGCCAAGCACAGUCUCAAAGUACUCCAGAGAUGCAGUCGACCCAACCUUCUAAUGAGUCAAAUGGUUCGCAACCAGAAUGAAGUCUUCGCUCAAUUCGUAAACCGCUAUGGAAAAUCUCUCACAGAACUGGAAUUCAUGGCAUACGACCUAGAUACUCAAGGUGCCCAGGCUUUGGGCCUAAACUGCCAGGACUCACUGCGCCAUCUCGCGCUGCGCUUUGAACAUCCGCAUAUCCGCGAUGGUUUUACGAAACCAGCAAUGUGGUUCAAACCAGCACCGGGGAGUACGGCCUGGAAUACACUGAUUGGGAUCGGACCUCAAUAUAAGCCCCGUGGCAAGAUCACAGGACUAGAAACCCUUACCAUGGAGCGGACGGGUAUUACGCCGUGGCAGCUGUCGAUGCUUGUGCGAAACAAUCCUAAUCUGAAGACUUUGAAGUUGAGGACGUGUAGUGGUGCGCAACCGGAAUUCUUGGACUGGCUAGGAGGUAUCGACGAAGGAUCUGACUCUGAGGGUGAAAGCAUGCGCGAUGACUAUGGACUUGCACCGGGUGCGCAACUGGAGGUUCUCUGGUUGGAAAACUGCCAACAGCUUCUGGAUAGAACGGUGAAGUUUGAUAAAUUGCCGGAUGAGAUAUGUGACUAUGGCUUGAAGUGGGUGAGGGGGUUAACGAAUCUGAAGUCCCUCUCUUUCAGCGAAUGUGCGUGUUUAUCUCCUGAGCAAGUCGACAGAGCGAACAAGACCGUCUGGCGUAUUCCGGAGGUUAUUCUGCCGCACUCUCCCCCGUUCGCAGACUCUAUUUUGGAGGUUGAUCCAAUGUUUCGUAGAAUCUGA